UGAUCGCGUCACGUGCACAGGUGACCCGGAUGUGGCGCAGUUGUGUUGACAUCAGAGCGGCAGAGAUCAUAUUAGAUCAUGUUCAUAUUUCUGUGUUUCUUGUGAAUCGAAGGGGCGCGUCAGUCGGUGUACCGGCGUCAGGUGGAGUGUGUUCUGGUCCUUCUCCAUGUGCGGCGCUGAGACCCGGGCCUCAGUCCUGCAGUUCUGAGCGAGUGUCGCCAUGGCGACGGCGGCGGGUGACGACCCGGAGAGCCUGAUGACCUUGGUCACUGUGUUCUGCCUGAAAAACUUGCGCAGAACCUUGUGCUACAGCGAGCAGAACCGGCUACGGCUGCGGCCCGAUGUGUUCCUGCCCAGCGAGAUCUGCGACCGGCUGGUGCACGCCUACAUGGAUCUGGUGCACACAGACAGUGAGUUUGAGCCACAGGACGGGUUCUUCCAGCUCUUCAGUGACCCGCGCAGCACCAGAAUCACACGCCUGCACCUGAGGGACGACUUCAUCCGGGACCGGGACCUGGAGGCCCUCGCCAAACAGGAUCUGAUGGAGCUGCACCUGAACUCCUGCACGCGUGUGACGGCCCGAGGCCUGCGGACGCUCCUCCGCUUCAGGCACUCUCUUCUGUCACUCAGCCUCUUCGGCUCGUCCAGCCUCUUCUUCAGGCUGGCGUGUGACGAUGAGGAGGAGGACGCGGAUGACGACGUGCGCGUGCACACGCUGGACCGCAGCUUCAGCUUCCAGGGCUUCAGUCGCCUGCGCGUGCUGAACGUGGGCGGCCUGACGCCGGAGCUAGACGUGGAGUCGCUGCUGACGCCCCUGCCCUCGCUGAGCUCGCUCGACCUGUCUGGCGUACACAUUCCUCGCCCCGCCUUCCUCACACAGUGGAAGCUGCGGCUGGCGUCCCUCGUGCUGUACAACGUGGAGUUGACAGAGGAGCUCAUACACACUGUGCUGCAGAUGAGCAAACUCAGACACCUGGAUAUCUCCCGGGAGAACCAGAGAUCCUCCAAGUUUAAGAUGACGAGGAAGAUCUUGAGCAGCCUCGUUCAGGGUCUGGUGGACCUGGUGUCCCUGGACAUCUCCGGACACAUCAUGCUGGACAACGUCACGGUGCCGGCACUAGAGGACGCGCUGGGCCGCCCGAGCAUCGAGCCGAGCAAGAGCAGCAUUUACCCGUUUCAGGAGCUGAAGAGGCCAUUGCAGUUCUUGGGCCUUUACAACACCACACUCUGCACCGUCACACACAUACCAGCGUAUAAGGUCACCGGCUCCAAGAACGAGGAUCAGAUUCUGAACGCUAUAGAGGCGUACACUGAACAACGUCCUGAACUUGCCCAUCGAGCCAUAAACCAGCUGUUCGAUAUCGCCAGAAUCCAGCACUGCAGUCAACUACUGCGAGCACUACAGCUGGUGAUCACAGCGCUGAAGACUCAUAAGUACGAUAAGAGCAUCCAGGUGACGGGCAGCGCGGCUCUGUUCUACCUCACCAACACAGAGUACCGCAGCGACCAGAGUGUGUGUCUGCGCAGACAGGUCAUACAGGUCGUGCUCAACGGCAUGGAGCAGUACCAGGAGGUCACGGUCCAAAGGAACUGCUGCCUGACUCUGUGUAACUUCAGUAUCCCGGAGGAGCUGGAGUUCCAGUACGAGCGAGUGAAUCUGCUCCUGCUGAAGAUCCUGGAGCCGCUGCGUCAGGACGAGUCCAUCCAGCGCAUCGCCGUGCACCUGUGCAACGCCCUCGUGUGCCAGGUCGACAACGACCACAAGGAGGCCGUGGGCAAGAUGGGCUUCGUCAAGACGAUGCUGAAUCUGAUUCAGAAGAAGCUACAGGACAGAAUGUGUGAUCAGGUGAUGGAGUUCUCCUGGAGUGCCCUGUGGAACAUCACUGACGAGACGCCGGAUAAUUGCCAGAUGUUUCUGGAGUGUAACGGCAUGAAGCUGUUCCUGGACUGCCUGAAGGAGUUUCCAGAUAAACAGGAGCUGCACCGAAACAUGCUGGGGCUUCUGGGUAAUGUGGCCGAAGUGAGAGCGCUGAGACCACAGCUCCUGACCAAGCAGUUCAUCAGCGUCUUCAGUGAGCUGCUGGACAGUAAGGCGGAUGGCAUCGAGGUGUCCUACAACGCCUGUGGGGUUCUGUCCCACAUUAUGUUCGACGGGCCCGAGGUCUGGUCCAUGGAGGAGCCCCAGAGGUCAGAGGUCAUGGACAAAAUGUGGGCGGCCAUUCAGAGCUGGGACGUUAGCUCGCGACGCAACAUCAACUACAGGUCGUUCGAGCCGAUCCUGCGUCUCCUCCCUCAGAGCAGCGCUCCAGUCAGCCAGCACUGGGCCACAUGGGCGCUUUAUAACCUGGUGUCAGUUUACCCGGGAAAAUACUGUCCUCUACUGAUGAAGGAGGGAGGAGUGAUCCUGCUGAAGACCGUCCUGGACCUGGAGUCCUCUCACCCGGAGACAAAGGACAUGGCACGGAAAGUGAUGGAUCAGUGUGAGAACUUUAAGGAGGAUCCCAUGGACACCAGCAGGUAAAGAUGAUGAACAUGAUGAAGAUGAAGAUCCAGAAAAGGACGUCACACUGCUUUCCUGCAACACACGUCUGUCACAUCACACUACAGUGAGGUCAUGAGUGUGUGUUUGUGUGUGUGUGUGUGUGUGUGUGUAUCGGGCUUGUUUCUGUGUUGCACAUGGACUGCAGUCAUUCUAGGGGUGUUUCUUUCUGUUUUUGUGUGCCCGUGUGUGUGUGUGUGUGUGUGUGUGUGUCUGUGCGCGCGCCUGUGUGUGUGGAGGACGCUCUUCUCGUGUCCUCAUAAGGCAUCUUCAGAGAGUUUCUCCUGAGUAUAAGCUUCUUUGUGAUCAUCGAUCCGAACGCUGGAGGUUGGAAAGGAAGUUCUCUGGGAUUGUUCACGCUGGAUGUUUUAUAUUAAAGUCUCCCGGUUGGAAAUCUCACAUGCGUUCUCAGAAUACAUUCACACACAUAUGACAUUAAAGUCUUUUUGGGGAGGUCAUCUGUUUAUUUCUGUUUUUUUUUUUUUGUUUUUUUUCUUCUUGUAUUUUUAAUCAUAUUCACUUUUUAUUUGCAAUGUCAUCAUGAGGCUGAUUGCUGCGAGUAAGUCGAGUCGGCGCUGGUUCCCGGAGCAGCGAGGCUCUAUCAGACCUGCUUUUAUCUGUGCUGUUCAAUUGUUUUUCUACACGGUUCUGAACUGCAAUAAAACUAUGAUGUGCUGAAGUAAGAAUUCCACACAACACUGGGUGUAAAGAGAGCUUCAUAAUAAUAAUAGUUGUCAAACACUCUGUUACAGUCGUCUGGCUGCUGUCGUUAUUUCUUACAGAUGAUGGUAAUGAGGAUGAUGACUGUCACUAUAUUAUAUCGACUCAUCGAGUGUGUGUUUAGAUCAGUGAUGAUGUGUGUGUGUCUUUACAGCAGUUUCAGCUGUUCUAAUAUUUAAAUAUAUGUGUUUCAUCUA